AUGGCACAUCGAGAUGACACUACACACAACUAUCCAUCAAGAGUCUCCAACACUUGUACAACACUCGGUAACACGGCUUGUUUAGAACCAUCUGCUUUACCGACUGGGAUUUCACAGCCUAUUUUGAUGCCUGUUGCAGCAGUUAACCACAAGGCAAUAGACCUUACUACUCGCCAUGAUAGCAAACGUAUACAUAAAAAUCACGAGGGCUUAUUACUGCUUCAGCCCUCAGUACUGUCAUUAGCUCCUACAGGCAGUCUAUCGUCAUUGCAAUCAAAUUACACGACCAACAUUUCAUCCAAACUGAAUGCGAGUCUGUCACUUCCAUACCAACACUCUCCUGCUCCACCAACAAGCUUGCAAACUCCUACUGAUAGACUUAAAAAAUCCAACCCUGUCAUAUUGUCUGGCUCUCAUAUCCGGCCAAAACCUCGUCCACCACAACUACCUUUACAAGCAUUAUCACCACAACACGAUCCCCAAAUUGACUUGGAUGACGAGCCAUCAAUGCUAUCCGAGCUCAUUCGUGGCCCUACUAAUUCUGCCCAAGAUCCAUACAACACUUUUUUUGACGAUAUUACUGGAUGGGAAGAAGAUACUGUUGAUGAUAUUGUAUCUUGUCUGCUGAAUACAUCAAGCAGUGCAUCAUACAAAUAUUUAACUUAUGAAUCAGGUCCAGCUCUUUCGGUCGAUGAGCCAACUGGUUCACCCAAUACUUUUCAAAAAAAACUGUUUCGACGUAAACCACCACCCAAAACUUCAAAUGUAAAAAAUCCUUUUUUAGAUCUGGGCGAAGAAACAAGUACACAGGCAAAUGCUGAAAUAUCUAAUAAGAAUCUUGGUACAAAAGAAGAUGCCGAUAUAAAAGAUGAUUCAUCACAGUCUGUUGUUUCAACAAAAGCAAAUAAUGAUAUACUCGAUGUACCUGAUCCAUCCACUUCCAUCCCUACCCUAGACUGUAUUGUAAAAAAAUCUAAAGCUUGGUAUGGACACACUAAUUCCAACACUUUGCCACAACAUCAAACAAAAAAUAUCAAGCAACGACCUGCAACAUGUAUGACUGUUCCGACCAAUAGAAACUCUACAACGCGUACUCAGCAACAGGCGCAACGUGUUGAAAUGGACGAUGAUCAAUUUGAAGCAGCAAGACGCCAAUAUUUGACGGCCAAGGAAAAAUCCCAAAGCAUGAGUGGAAGCAACAACAGCCUUAAAAAAUGUGGUACACCUCCAAUUAUCGAUCCCAGCUCCGACGUUAAACUUCGAACGCGUACAUCCAUUCCUAAACGAAAUACAGUUGAUUUACAUCAUACCGACUUGCUUGAAACUCAACCAAUUGAAAAAAUUGCACUUAUGCGCAAAAAACUAAUUUCAUCAGCAACAACUGCCAAAGUGCAUUGGAGAUCAAGUCAAGUAGUUGGAAAUGGGAGUGGGGCUGGAACCAUCGUCCCACUUGAUCUAACUGGAAUCACGGUGAUUACAGGAAGAAAGUAUCAUAAAGCUGAACCUGCUAGUCAAUCUAGUCAAUCAAAUGAUAUUAAUUCUCAGUCUACUCAACGACCCAAAACUGCAGCAGCAGUAUUAUCACAAUCUAGGCGUGACAAACCCAUGUUGCCACGGAUAUCAUCAGCAUUAUCUGUGCAUAUUACCCCAGGUGAAGUGUCAUUCAACCCUAUAAUCAAAGGAUUAGGAUCAUCAAAAAUAGCAUCGCAUAUAUCUGUUUACAACAACAAAGCGUAUGAUAUGAGCAUUAGCGAUCCAAUAUAUGAUUUGAAUCGCGAAUCCUCAUCUGGCCCAAUACAAGCCCACAGUCAGGAUGUUCAUAUCAUUUCCAACGGAGGUUACUAUAUUCCUACAUUGCCACAGCAACAUCAGACUACACUAACACAAGUCAGAAUUCCAGUUUGGUGUGCGGAUACUUCACCUACACAAUACCGAUCAGCUUCCUUGGACAGAUUCACAGCAACCAUCAUGAGUGCUAAAAUACACAGAAAAUCACCAAAAAAAUUAUCACAGUAUGGGUUUCAGCAAACGACGCUUCCUUUGGAUGUGAUUCUACCUGUUGCAUCAAGCACACCACCUUGUCGUGUGGAUACCAUGAAUGAAUUUGAAAAUAGCAUUUCAAAGCCAUUAAUGGAACUCAAGCAACGGCCUGCAUCGACAAUUGCCUCGAAUUUCAUCCAUAGGCAACGACAUAGUCAAGUGCACGAACUGCACGGCUCACAAGAACUGAGUAUGUCCCAAGAUAGUGUAACGACUAUGGCUGACUUGCAAAUAUCAAAGGCGCCUUGUAUUAACACUACACCCAACAAGCCUAAACGAUCAUUUCGUAGCCAAGUGAAUUUAAACAGAUUAACUGGUAAAACAAAUAUAUAG